AUGCCGCCUUCCCUGGCAGCCUCGUUAAGCCCGUUGCUGCUUCUGAUCGUCGCUGGAAGUGCCGACGCUUUCAGCUCGCGACAAGCAGAGUGCACGUUUCCGGUCCGCUGGGAGGGCACGUGGUUCCAAAGCGGGGUGCCACAGCCGAUCCUUAUAUCCGGGAACACCCUCUCGAGCAAAGGCCGUUGCAGACUCAACGAGGGCGACAAGUUCUUGAUCGAGGACGAGAAGCAGCCCUGCUACCGUUGCGUCGUCAUUCACGAGAAACACUCCAACGUGCUGCAGUACAAAGAAACCUUCUGUUACAACAUAAAGUCCCUGUCGCCAUUGUGCUCGUACAUAUCCGGAGAUGCGCCACUUUACUCGAUGUUCCGGGAGGAAGGGAUCGCGAUGCCGUGUCCAUUCCGCGGGCCCAUGACGUUUUCCUACAAUCGCGGCCACGGGACCUGUGCCAGCCCCCAGAGCAACGUAGACACCUGUACGGACGACAGCAGGUUGCUCUUCCGGUACCAAGCCUGUCCGGAUGUGCACGCCUCGGAGAGCGCAGUCGAGGAGCUGGAGUGCCUGGCAACCUGGAAAGAAGGGAGCAGUCGUUACUUGGUCGGCCGACUCCAUCACCGACACGCGUCCAGCAACGAGGACAGGUACAGGUGCUUCGUCUACGAGAGAGCCGGCCAGAUCAUCGGCAACCUGAACCGACCUGGUUUGGGCAUCAACUCGAUGGACCACGAUGUGCCCCUUCCGAUUGGACCCCUUCCUGAAGGAGCCCCCGAAAUCUACAAGGUGGCGCAGAGCGGCGACGCCACCUGUAAUGGCCUCUUCAGCCCUAACGAGGGAUCCAAAACCAUGACCCUAAAGAAAGUGUCCUCGCCAGGGAAGUGCCGUUUCCCCAGCUGGUUGACAGGACACUCCAGCGGAGGUCUCACCUGGCACACGUUGGACCUGGCCAGGUCGUACACCUUCCACCCCAGAAACGCGUCCUUACACAUCAGCAGACCCAACGCGACGAAUUCGAGGAUCGACGUGGGCCAGGCCGAGUUCCCGGACCUACCGGAACAGCAGGAGCAGGACGUCAAGAUCCUCUGCAACAGCGUGAAACAGUCAAACCCUGCGCAGACGAUGGCGACGCUCGUCGCCCACUUCACGGUCGGAUGCCGCAGCGGUUUCAUGUGCAUGACGUUUUACCGGAGGGACGGCCACGUGAUAGAAGUGCAGACCGGAAGUGCAGUCUCCAGACCGGAAGAGGCGUGCAGCUCGCCGCACUACACGUCGCACAGCAUCCCUUUCCUCACCCUCGUCACGAGUUCCCCGGAGCCGAGGCAGUGCCCUUACCUAGGGAAGUUCACCGUCACGGGGAUGAACAAGAACCAGAGGAGCAGCCGCGACAACCGGCGCGGCCCCGAAUUGGGUCGCAAGGAGAAGGAAAAGGUCCGACACGCCCAAGAGAGGUCGGAGGAGAGACACAACCGGAAACUGGAAUUCGAGGUCGACAAUCGGAGGAUAAACAGCGACUACCUAACCAGAGAGCACCGUGGCAGAAAAACGCGAUCCAGCCGAAACGGCAGAAACCACCGCGAAUAUAAAGCCGACAGGUUGGAGAACGACGUUGAGGUGGAGGUCGAGGUCGACCACGAAAUCCGCAAAUCAAGGUCCCGGAGAGUAAGGUCCUUGCCAGAGAGCUCAAACUCUCAAAAAUCGAAUCUGAAGCAUCCUGCACUGAAAAAUGAUAUCGAGGUCGGUCGAAAGGGCCGAAAGUCGAGGUCCAGAAGAAUAAGGUCCCUCCAGGAGAACCUGAAGACCCCAGAGAUAAGCUUCAAGAACCGAUCCCUAGAGGACGAAGUCGAGGCCGAAGUCAGCGACACGCACGAGAACCACGGGUCGAGGUCCAGGAGGAUAAGGGCCCUUGAGGUCGACCUUAAAGGAUCCAACCUUGAAGUUGAGAACGAGUUAAAGGGCCUGCAGAGGAUAGAGUCUUCGGGACCUCGACCUCUCGAUGGCGGCGAAGGAUCGGACGUGGACUCGACGUCGAGCGAGGUCAGGCAGAGAAGAAGUCCCAGGAUGGAGGAUUUCCAGCUGGACAAGGACGACCUCGCCCAGCUUAGGCAACUCUGGCCGUCCUGGAUCGGCGAGGAGGGUUCUGGGAACGUCCUCCAGGUGCAGGCCGAUUAUUUCGGGGAUUACGACGUCGACGUGCCCACGAAGAGGUCCUCGCCCGAGGGAGCCUUUGUCACGUAUCGGGAUCUCCUACGGAUGAGGAGGGACCUCGAGGACGAGGCCGAGGAUUACCUCGAGCGUCGGGAAAAACGGGAGGAGGAGGACUCGCGGUGCUCCAGUGACGUCACGACCUUAAUCGUGGGCUGCUCCACGGCGGACAGGAUGGAGCUGCAGAGCGACUGCGUCGACGAUGACACUGUCACAGCCUACUCCUGCCACGGUAGAUGGUUCGACGCCGAGGGCACCCAGUUCGUGAUCGCGACUCCGCUGGCCAGGAGAAGUUCCUGGUCGAACGAGAACAACCGGCCGCAGCCCUUCAGGAACAGCAGGAGAUUGUGCUUCAUGUAUAGGGAGAGCGGGGGCGUCGUCAGCCUCACUGCCAGCCCCAUAGCCUGCCAGAGGGGCAUUCCUCCACCCCCGCCGAUGUUGGCCUUCAAUGCGACCAGUAUCGGCCAGUGCAUGGAGGAGAACGGCGCCGGCGGUCCUGCUGCAUCCUGCACCCUGGUGCUGCUCUUCGCCAUCUCGGUCGCCAUCUUCAGGUGA